CCUUUCGCCGCAUUUUACUGAUGGGAAAACCGAGACUCAUAGUAAUUUAUCCAGGGUCACCAAUUUGAUCUCUGAUGGUGAAAUUAGACUUCGUUGCUUUACGGGAUUCUGGGACAGGGCCCUUUCCCCUUACAAAUAGAUUCUUUGGUAUUUUAGAAGACACUGAAUAACUGAUACUAUGCAUAUAACACUCAGCAAAGCUGAGUAUGUCCUCAAAAUACAGAAGCCUCUAGUUAAAGGCAGGACAUGUGGCAGUAAAGCAUCGAAAACAACAGAGCAAUAUAUUAAGAACACAAGCACCGAAGUCAGUCAAAACUAGGUUUUAAUACAUGCUUAGCCACUUAUCAGCUGGGAGAGUUUGGGUGGGUUACCUUACGUCUGACCUUUAGUUUAUUUACAAAAUGAGGGUGCAAUACUGCACACCUCCCAAGAUUCAUAAUGUACAUAAAGCAUUUAGCGCAGUAUCUGACACAAUAAGCACCCAUGAGACUAUCCUAAUAAAUAUCACCACUAGUAAUGGUCAUAUAUAAUGACUAUUUCAUUUACGGAUGACUAUUUAACUCAUACUUCAGCCUUCCAAUCCCAAAUGUAUUAUCUAGAAAAUUGUGGGUGAAGAGGAUCAUUGAGUAUGGCUAAUGGAUCACUAAGCCCUCUGAACUGGGAGCAGGAUCUUAUGGAGGCCAUUUGGAUUCUCAAGAAGACUUCUGAAACUGGAAAGCCAUAGCAUAACUGAAUCAAAGUCAUUGAUUCCACUAGCUUGGACAUCCCUGACACAGAUGCUUUUGGAAGCACCUGGUAUUUUCUUACUGGGUCAAAGAAGAUUCUCAACCAUGCCAGAAAUAGAAACACAUGAGAGAGACUCUGAAUUGUUUUCACCACCUUCUGAUGUCCGAGGCAUGACAAAACUUGAUAGAACAGCUUUUAAAAAGACAGUCAACAUUCCAGUGCUUAAAGUGAGGAAAGAAAUAGUCAAUAAAUUGAUGCGACCCCUAAAAAGGGCAGCAUUGCAACGCCCAGGCAUAAGACGUGUGAUUGAAGAUCCGGAAGAUAAAGAAAGUAGACUAAUCAUGUUGGAUCCCUGUAAAAUAUUUACUCAUGAUUCCUUUGAGAAAGCAGAACUCAGUGUUUUAGAGCAGCUUAAUGUCAGUCCACAGAUCUCUAAAUACAAUUUGGAACUAACAUAUGAAAACUUUAAGUCAGAAGAAAUCUUGAGAGCUGUGCUUCCUGAAGGUCAAGAUGUAACUUCAGGGUUUAGCAGGGUUGGACAUAUUGCACACCUAAACCUUCGAGAUCAUCAGCUGCCUUUCAAACAUUUAAUUGGCCAGGUUAUGAUUGACAAAAAUCCAGGAAUCACCUCAGCAGUAAAUAAAAUAAAUAUUAUUGACAAUAUGUACCGAAAUUUCCAAAUGGAAGUGCUAUCUGGAGAGCAGAACAUGAUGACAAAGGUUCGAGAAAACAACUACACCUAUGAAUUUGAUUUUUCAAAAGUCUAUUGGAAUCCUCGUCUGUCUACAGAACACAGCCGUAUCACAGAACUUCUCAGACCUGGGGAUGUCCUAUUUGAUGUUUUUGCUGGGGUUGGGCCCUUUGCCAUUCCAGUAGCAAAGAAAAAUUGCACUGUAUUUGCCAAUGAUCUCAAUCCUGAAUCUCAUAAAUGGCUGUUGCACAACUGUAAAUUAAAUAAAGUGGACCAAAAGGUGAAAGUCUUCAACUUGGAUGGGAAAGACUUCCUCCAAGGACCAGUCAAAGAAGAGUUAAUGCAGCUGCUGGGUCUGUCAAAAGAAAGAAAACCCUCUGUGCACGUUGUCAUGAACUUGCCAGCAAAAGCUAUAGAGUUUCUUAGUGCUUUCAGAUGGCUUUUAGAUGGGCAGCCAUGCAGCAGUGAGUUCCUUCCCAUAGUGCAUUGUUACAGCUUUUCUAAAGAUGCUAACCCUGCUGAGGAUGUUCGGCAAAGGGCUGGAGCUGUGUUAGGCAUUUCUCUGGAGGCAUGCAGUUCAGUUCACCUGGUAAGAAAUGUGGCCCCAAACAAGGAAAUGCUGUGCAUCACCUUUCAGAUUCCUGCCGCUGUACUCUACAAGAACCAGACCAGAAAUCCAGAGAAUCAUGAAGAUCCGCCUCUUAAAAGGCAGAGGACAGCUGAAGCCUUUUCAGAUGAAAAAACACAAAUUGCUUCAAACACUUAAUUGGAAAUGUUUUCUCCAUCUCCCUACCAGACUUACAUGUAGUGAAAUAUAAUUUGUAUUAUUUAAUAAAAUUUUAGGGUUCGGUUUUUACUAUUGAACCCUUGUACUUUGCCUUAUUUUACAAAUUGAGGAUUACCAAUUAAACUUUAACUGAACUAAGGCUACCAAAUACAUUCCCUGUUAUCUAAAUUAUAACAUACAAUUAUUUUAUAACUUAAAUUAUAUCUAAUUUUUAUUAGAUAAAUAUGAAUAAAUAUUUUCUCUCAGGGAAAAUAAUUUUUGAAAGUAGGGUGAUGGAGUACUAACUAGGAAGGUAUUAACACCACUUUGUAGUUGUCCUUUACAUAACUACUCCUUUACUGCCAAUUAACUAUCACCAUAAAAGUAAUAAAAAAUGAAAUUAUUUAGAACGGGGCAGGCAAACUACAUCCUGCAGGCCAAAUCUGUCCCACCACCUGUUUUCAUAUGGCCUGUGGCCUAAUAAUGUUCUUACAUUUUCCAUUGGUUGAAAAAUAAUCAAAAGAACAUUUUGUGACAUGUGAAAAUUGUAUGACAUCUAUUAUGUAUCAGUUUUAAAAAUUAGAAUUGUAUGAAAUUAAGAGUUUCAGAGUUCAUAAAGUUUGAUUGGAACAUACCAUGCUCAUUUGUUUACAUAUCAUCUGCAGCUGUUUUUGGUUUUAAUAUGGAGCGCUUCACGAAUUUGCAUGUCAUCCUUGCGCAGGGACCAUUCUAAUCUCUGCACCAUUCCAGUUUUUUAGUAUAUGUGCUGCUGAAGUGAGGACUGCAGCUGCUUUCUUGAACAAUAGCAGAGUUGAGUGGUUGCAACACACACUGAAUGUGACUGUCAUCACUUCACACUGCUGUUUGGCACAUCACAAAUCACUGUUGUGGCUGUUACAACAGCAGAACCCACAUUUUAAUUUUUAUUACCAGAGCAUAUCUAUUAUAGCAAAACAAGAAAAGUGGACUUUAUUGUAUUUUUAAAGUACAGAAGAGUGUGAAUUAUUUUGAUGUUGAAUUAGAUGACAGAGCAUCUAUAUAGCUAAGCUAAAAGAAUAACCAUUGACAUUACCAGACAAACCACUCAUCACAGUAUUCCCAACUCGCAGGCAAGCAACUGUUAGAAAAAUUAGAAAAUUUAAAAUGGAAAUAAAGCAGAAUUUCUUCACAAAAUGAAAAUGAGGCUGCAACGAAAGUAAGUCUCCAAGUGAAUCAUUUGUUAGCCAAGCAAAGCCAUUUAUUGAUGGUGUGAAUUAAUUAUGUUUGGAUGCAGCAGCUGAGUAUGUCCAGAGAAAAUAAACUUAAGAUUCCUGGCCUUUGCAAGAACAGUUGCUCAAAGAGUUAAGGACAUUGAAAGCGACAUAGUCACUUUAAAAAGGAAAUGAUUCUGGAUGGUUCUUUGACUCUCAUUUUUAUUUUUACUUAGAGACAGGGUCUUGCUCUGUUGCCCAGGCUGGAGUGUAGAGACACAGUCACAGCUCAAUGUAGCCUUGAACUCCUAGGCUUGAGAUCUUCCCAUCUCGGCUAACCAAAGCGUGAGGGUUACAGGCGUGAGCCCUUAUAUGUGGCCCUCGUGAAUGGUUUAGCACUAUCCCCUUGGUGGUGUCCUCACGAUAAUGAGUUAUGAGAUCUGGUUGUUUAAAAGUAUGUGGCACUCGCCCCCCACACUCUCUUGCUCCUGCCUUCGCCAUGUGAAGUGCCUGCUCCUGUUUUGCCUUCUGCCAUGAGUAAAAGCUUCCUGAGGCCUCCCCAGAAGCAGAUGCCAGUGCUAUGCUUCCUAUAGCCUGCAGAACCAUGAGCCAAUUACACCUCUUUUCUUAUAAAUUACCCAGUAUCAGGUAUUUCUUUAUAGCAAUACAAGAAUGGCCUAAAACACAAGGCAAAACAACUUUAAUCUGGUACAGUCAUUUUGACAAUCGAUAUUUGAAUCACAAUAUUUGAUGACAAUAUCCUUACACAUUUGUCAUACUAUCAAAAGUUAAAACAAGAAACAAGAUUUCCAUUCCCACAAAUUUUAGUGAGUAUAUUUUCUGAGUUCAGCAUUUUUAGGGAUCUGGGUGCAAGUACAAAGGAAAUUUCCCUGUUUCAAAAUCUAUUUAACUGCAAUUGAGGCGAUUCAACCUAAUUUUUGGUAAGAAGUGAUUAAAAUAAUGACAUGCUAAAAGGCAAAUUUCAAGGGAAGAAAUCUAAAAGAAUUUUACAAAUGCUUUCCAAGUGAUGAAUAUGCUCAGUUAAUUUCAUAUGUUCCUGGAUUGAUAGCAGUAUUUGGCAAUACUUAUCUGUAUGAGAAGACAUUUUUAAAGAUGAAAUGUGUAAAAUCUUAUUACCAUUAGUAUUAAUGGUUAAUGAUGGUUAAUGAUAACCAUUAAUAGGCAGUCAUUUACAACUGAUUUUGAUCACAGGGAACACUUACUUAGAACCCUGAUUAGAGGCAAUGUUAUUCUCACCAAAAAAAGGCAUUACAAAAAAUUGGACUAUAUUUUGAAUUUUGUCAAUUAAAAAAGUGUGGGAGCAGUGUGAAGGAGAAGAGGCAAGAACGACCCCUGGACCGACCAAAGCCCACGUGCUGCUGCGUCCCACACCCAGUGCCCACAUCCCGCCGCCACCGCCACCACCAUGCCCAAGAGAAAGAUUGAAGGGGAUGCUAAAGGAGAUAAAGCCAAGGUGAAGGAUGAACCACAGAGAACAUCUGUGAGGUUGUCUGCUAAACCUGCUCCUCCAAAGCCAGAGCCCAAGCCUAAAAAGGCCCCUGCAAAGAAGGGAGAGAAGGUACCCAAAGGGAAAAAGGGAAAGGCUGAUGCUGGCAAGGAGGGGGAAGGUGUUGGAGAUCCCAAGUGAAGUGUGUGCAUUUUUGAUAACUGUGUACUUCUGGUGACUGUACAGUUUGAAAUAUUCUUUAUCAAGUUUUAUAAAAAUGCAGAAUUUUACUUUUUUUAAGCUAUGUUGUUAGCACACAGAACACUUCAUUGUUGUUUUUGGGGGAAGGGGUAUAUGUCACUAAUAGAAUAUCUCUGAAGCUGGAUUGAUGUGGGGAAAACACCUUUCCCUUCUAGUUUUGAGAAACUUCCUCUAGGCUCCCAGGAGGAGGGAUUCCCUGACUUUGACACACAUGGCCACCUUGGCACAAAAGCCUUGUGGUAUGGAAAAACAAAUUCAUUUUUAUGUCUUCUUUUUCCUCUCCAUCUUUCAGCAUAGACUUAAUCCCUUAAGCCUAGACAUCUGUUGGGACCUGACCCCCAGUCAUUGGUUACCAGUGUGUCUGGCAAUCUGGACUUUCCAGUGAUGCCACUGAGAUGGCACCUGUCAAAAGAGCAGUGGUUCCAUUUCUAGAUUGUGGAUCUUUGGAUAAAUUCUACCAUUUUCAUUUCACUUCCUGAAAGUCAGGGUUGGCUUGUGAAAAGUUGUUAAACAACAUGCUAAAUGUGAAAUGUCAACCCUCACUCUAAACUUGCCCUGUUCAGAGCAUCAGAUGAGGACUUCACUGGGUUUUAUAGUGGCUGAUUUUUGGUAGUCCAUUGAAGAAGAGAGUUUGAAAGUUGUAUACUGUUAAUGACUGUCUGCCCAUGUCCUGCCUGAAAUACCAUGAUUGUUUAUGGAAAGUAUCUUUAAUAAAGCUGGAUACAGUUUGAAAGAAAAAAAA